AUGGCCAGCUUAAGAACUGCAUCCAGUCGUGCUUUACGCAGCUCUCAAUUCUCCAGAUCAUCCCAUAAAUUGAUCUACAACUCCUUAAGAUGUUAUUCAACAAAUGAAAAGACUUUGAAGGAAACUUUUGCUGAAAUAUACCCUGAAAAAGCGGAAUUCAUUAAGAAAUUCAAAAAAGAACACGGUAAAACUGUCAUCGGGGAUGUUUUAUUAGAACAAGCUUAUGGUGGUAUGAGAGGUAUAAAAGGCUUAGUGUGGGAAGGCUCUGUUCUUGACCCUCUUGAUGGGAUUAGAUUCAGAGGUAAGUCAAUUCCAGAAGUUCAGAAAGAGUUACCAAAGGCCCCAGGAAGUACUGAGCCUUUACCAGAGGCUUUGUUCUGGCUAUUAUUAACUGGUGAAGUUCCAACUGAGGCCCAAACCAAGGCUUUUUCUGCAGAAUUGGCUGCCAGGUCUGAAUUACCAAAGCACGUGGCAGAAUUAAUUGAUUCCUGUCCAUCAUAUUUACACCCAAUGGCCCAAUUUUCUAUGGCAGUCACUGCUUUGGAAUCUGAAUCCGAAUUUGCUAAGGCAUAUGCCAAAGGUGUCAGUAAGAAGGAAUACUGGACCUACACUUAUGAAGAUUCCAUCAACUUGUUGGCUAAAUUGCCAACCAUAGCCUCCAAGAUUUACAGAAACGUCUUCAAGGACGGAAAGGUUUCCCCAGUUAGUAAGGACUUGGAUUAUGGUGCCAACUUGGCCACAAUGCUUGGUUUUGGUGAAAACAAGGAAUUCAUCGAAUUGAUGAGAUUGUACUUGACUAUUCAUUCUGAUCAUGAAGGUGGUAACGUAUCUGCUCACACCACCCACUUGGUUGGUUCUGCUUUAUCUUCUCCAUAUUUGUCUUUGGCCGCUGGUCUCAAUGGUUUAGCUGGUCCAUUGCACGGAAGAGCCAACCAAGAAGUUUUGGAAUGGUUAGAAAAGCUUGAUGAGGAAUUGCACGGUAAUAUCACCAAGGAAUCCAUUGAAAAAUACUUGUGGGAAACUUUGAACAGUGGAAGAGUCGUUCCAGGGUACGGUCAUGCUGUUUUAAGAAAGACAGAUCCAAGAUAUACUGCUCAAAGAGAAUUUGCCUUGAAGCAUUUACCUGAUGACCAUUUGUUCAAGGUUGUUUCCACAGUAUAUGAAGUUGCCCCAGGGGUCUUGACUAAGCACGGCAAGACUAAGAAUCCAUGGCCUAAUGUGGAUUCUCACUCUGGUGUCUUGUUGAAGCAUUACGGUUUGACUGAAGCCCCAUUCUACACUGUUUUGUUUGGUGUUGCCAGAGCUUUUGGUGUCUUGCCACAAUUGAUCAUUGAUAGAGCUUAUGGUAUGCCUAUUGAAAGACCAAAGUCCUUUUCCACUGAGAAGUAUGUUGAAUUGGUCAAAUCUUUGAAAAAAUAG